AAAAAAGCACGGAAAUAGAACACAUAACGUGUUCUGCCUUUAAGAUGCCCUUGUUCGCGCGCACAACUAACUAACCCUUAGCCUAUUAAUAGAUCCAAAUUGGGAAGAAGAUGCUGAAAGCAGAAGUAGUAUAUCGGGUUUCAUAAAAGGAUGUUAAACAUUUAGGCAAGUUCUGAAAGAACAGAAGGGUAAGUAACGAAGAAAUUGGUCAUGAAAUAAAUCCUCCUAACACUGAACGUUCGUCCACGGUGCCUUAAGAGCCUUUUAUCGUCUGAAGAGAUCCCCGUCGCACUGUCAAGCAGAGCUUAUCCAGAAUGUCUUUCAAGCUGGACGGAGUUUUUGGGCGUCUGCUGGCCCGCCUGCCCCGCGUCUCCUCCCUCCUGGGGCUGCUGCAGCUCUCCGCGCUGGUCCUGGUGCUCGCCGUCCUGUACCGCGUCACCCGCCUGCUCUGGAGGCACGCCCGCAACGCUCACCGCCUGCGCUGUUUCGCCCACCCGCCCAAACGCAACUGGCUGCUGGGCCACCUGGGGAUGAUCCAGAACUCGGAGGAGGGGCUUCAGUCUGUGGACCAGCUGGUGAGGACGUACCGUCACUCCUGCGCCUGGUUUCUGGGGCCCUUCUACACCCUGGUGCGACUUUUCCACCCCGAUUUCACCAAGCCCAUCCUGACGGCCUCCGCCUCCAUCACCUUCAAGGACGAGCUGUUUUAUGGGUUUCUGCGUCCGUGGCUGGGCCCGGGUCUUCUCUUGAGCAACGGGGAGCACUGGUCCCGGCACAGACGCCUCCUCACCCCCGCCUUCCACUUUGACAUUCUCAAGAGCUACGUGGAGAUUUUCAACAAGUCCACCGACAUCAUGCACGACAAAUGGCGCCGCCUGGUGGCCGACGGGCAGCCCUGCCUGGACAUGUUCGAGCAGGUCAGUCUGAUGACCCUGGACAGCCUGCUGAAGUGCACCUUCAGCUACGACAGCAAGUGCCAGGACCACCCCAGCGAGUACAUCGCGGCCAUCUACGAGCUGAGCGCUCUGGUGGUGAAGCGGGAGUACCGCAUGGCGCACCACUGGGAUUGGCUGUACUGGCGCUCUCCGGAGGGCCAGCGUUUCCGCCACUCCUGCGCCGUGGUGCACAAGUUCACCGCCGACAUCGUCGAGAGGCGCCGCGCACAGCUGGUCCACCAGGGGGAGCCAGAGAAGCACGCCGCGGACACCGGGACUCGCAGGAGGAAACUGACAGACUUCAUCGACGUGCUGCUUCUUUCGAAGGAUGAGGAGGGAAACGGCCUGACGGACGAAGAGAUCAAAGCAGAGGCCGACACAUUCAUGUUUGAAGGUCAUGACACCACUGCGAGUGGCAUCUCCUGGGUGCUGUAUAACCUGGCCGCACACCCGCAGUACCAGGACCAGUGCCGCGCCGAGAUCAACACCCUGCUGGACGGCCGGGACACGGAGGAGAUCGAGUGGGAUGAUCUGACCAACUUGCCCUUCACCACCAUGUGCAUCAAGGAGAGCCUGAGGCUCCACCCCCCGGUCACCACUGUCACCCGACGCUUUAACCAGGACAUGACCGUGCCCGAGGGGCGGGUCAUACCAAAAGGAAACAUCUGCCUGGUGAGCAUCUACGGGACCCACCACAAUCCAGAGCUCUGGCCCAACCCAGAAGUUUACGACCCCUCGCGCUUCGACCCGGACAAUUCAGCCAAUCGGCCGUCCCUUGCGUUCAUUCCUUUCUCUGCGGGGCCCAGGAACUGCAUCGGACAGAACUUCGCCAUGGCAGAGAUGAGGGUGGUGGUUGCCCUGACGAUCCGCAGGUUCCGCGUCACGCCGGGGAAGGCCGAGGUCCGGCGGCUCAACCAGCUCAUCCUGAGGGCCGAGGGGGGGCUGUGGCUGCAGCUGGAACCCAUCGGCGCCCCCUAGUGGUCACUGUCUGCAUCUGCCCAAUAGUGACCUGCUGAAGCCCAGCCAUGCUACUGUCCGUUGUCAGAUACUGUGUUUGCAUUUGUUACAUACCGUGUCUCAGUGCUAGUACAAGAGCCUCUUUUACCUCCACGUGUCCUGUAGUUUCUGUCAUUUCUUUUACAUUCUAGAGUGCCUAAUUAUUGGAGAAAACAGUUUUGCAUUAAGACUGAGGGUGGCUUGAAUGGAAAAAUGCCUGCUGAUUGAAGUCAUUAAAUCCUUAACCAAUCGAUGACUUAAGAGUGAAUUGUCAGUCAUUAUCUCCUUAGCCAAUCAAUGACUUAUGACUGAUGGGCCAGUUAUUCGUUCCCUAGCCAGUCUGUGACUUACCACUGAUUGGCAAGUCAUUCAUUCCUUAGCCAAUCAAUGACUUGUGACUUAUUGGUUGAUCAUUAAUUCCUUAGCCAAUUAAUGACUUAAUGACUCAAUUAAUGAAACUCUUAUGCGCUGAACCACACUAGAAACCAGUAGACACCUCAGCCCUGCAAGACUGGAGACAUACUUACAUCAUUUGUAUUUUUUAAAAUUCUUGGUCAGAAUGAAUUUGAACUCCAGACUGUUUAAUAAAUUUUCUUGUGUAUA